AUGGUAUUUAUUUCAAGAAAAUGGAAGUCAAAAAAUACAGUUAUCAUUAAAUUUACUAUUGGUAUAAUUGAUAAUCAUAAACCAUUGAUAGGAAUUGAGAAAGAGGUAACUGAGAUGUGGAAUAAAUUAAUGAAAAAUAAUAAAAAAAAAUAUAAAACAAAAAUAAAAAAUUGUAAUUUAAAGAAGGCAAUAUCAAAAAAAGAAGUAUUAAAUGAUUUGGAAGAAAAUAAAAAAGAAGAAAAUAUUAAAGAAAGUGUUGUGGAGAAUAAAUUAAUAAAAAAUAAUUCAAUAAAUGAUGUUAUGAAUAAAUUUAAAAAUAUGGAAAUUAAGGAAAAAGAAUCAAAAAAGAGGGAUGUAUACUCACCGGAAUAUAUACCAACAAAAUUAAAAAAAGAUGAUCCAGGUUAUGGGACACCAAUUCCUGGAACAUUAACAGAAUUGAGAGCUAAAAAAGCAAGUAAACAUAUUGAAAAAGAAAUGGAUAUUGUAUGUCAAGUUAUUAAAGAAUAUGGUAAAGUUAAUAAAAAAACAGGAUUAGUAGAAAUAACAUUUGGUGAAUUAUUUAAUGUUUAUACAUAUAUCUCUGAUAAAGUUGUUGGUAUACUUUUACGAGCACGUAAACAUAAUAUGGUUAACUUUGAAGGUGAAAUGUUAUUUCAAAGAAGAGAUGAAAAUAAAAUAAUAACUUUAUUACUAUAA